UCUCUCUCACUAUCUCUCCAUCGGCCUCACCGGAACGCGCCUACGAGGUCGCAGAAGCACUACUCUUCUCUUUCCUCAUCCUACGUUUCCCUCUCCUUCUCUCUAAAUUCUUCAACUUUAAAGUGAUAAAAAUUGAAUCUUUCUCACAACCCUCAAAGCAAAUUAUCUCUCUUACACGCUUUCGAUCAUCAUCUUCUUCCUCGAAUUCUGGUUGGUUAGUCUCUGUUUUCUUCUCCUCCACAAGCCCCUCUGCCCCCUGCUGCUGUUGAUACACGUGAGCCGCCAUUAAUGCCCCCUUUUUUUGUUUUCUUCUUCCAUGUGAUUUAGGGCAUUGCUGAUCAAAUUACAUCUAGUGUUUGUUUCGGCGAGCUUUAGUGAAUCAAAAUGUUUAAUUUUGGUCGAACAAGAAGCCAAGGGAGGCAAAACAGAUCUAUGUCUCUUGGAGGUUUGGAUUAUGCUGACCCGAAGAAGAAAAAUAAUCAUUACUUGGGAAAGAUUCUUUUGACAGCCUCUCUUACAGUCUUGUGCAUUUUCAUGCUCAAGCAAUCUCCAACAUUCAAUACUCCGAGCGUGUUUUCUCGACACGAGCCAGGGGUUACACAUGUUUUAGUCACUGGUGGUGCUGGAUAUAUCGGUUCACAUGCAGCGCUAAGGCUUCUAAAGGAAUCAUACCGAGUGACCAUUGUGGACAAUCUAUCACGUGGGAAUCUUGGCGCAGUCAAGAUUUUGCAAGAACUGUUUCCUGAACCUGGAAGGCUUCAAUUUAUUUAUGCUGAUCUUGGAGAUGCAAAGGCUGUCAAUAAGAUAUUCACAGAGAACGCCUUUGACGCUGUGAUGCAUUUUGCUGCUGUUGCAUAUGUUGGAGAAAGCACACAAUUUCCUCUUAAGUAUUAUCACAAUAUUACAUCAAACACUUUGGUUGUAUUAGAGACAAUGGCUGCUCAUGGAGUAAAGACUUUGAUAUAUUCAAGCACUUGUGCAACGUAUGGGGAGCCUGAUACUAUGCCAAUUACAGAGGAAACUCCGCAGGUGCCAAUUAAUCCAUAUGGUAAGGCCAAAAAGAUGGCUGAAGAUAUCAUUUUGGAUUUCUCGAAAAACUCAGAUAUGGCAGUUAUGAUCUUAAGAUAUUUCAAUGUGAUUGGGUCAGAUCCUGAGGGCAGAUUGGGUGAAGCCCCAAGGCCUGAGCUGCGAGAGCAUGGACGCAUCUCCGGUGCUUGCUUUGAUGCUGCACGUGGUAUCAUGCCUGGCCUACAGAUCAAAGGAACAGACUACAAAACCGCUGAUGGAACUUGCGUACGGGAUUACAUUGACGUCACUGACUUAGUUGAUGCUCAUGUUAAAGCACUUCAAAAGGCAAAACCCCGCAAAGUUGGAAUCUACAAUGUUGGUACUGGGAAAGGUAGCUCGGUGAAAGAGUUUGUUGAAGCGUGCAAGAAAGCAACUGGUGUUGAGAUCAAGAUCGAGUACUUGCCUAGACGCGCAGGUGAUUAUGCUGAGGUUUACAGUGACCCAAGCAAGAUCAAGAAGGAACUCAAUUGGACAGCUAAGCACACUAAUCUCAAAGAGAGUCUUGAGACUGCGUGGAGAUGGCAGAAGCUGCACCGUAAUGGCUACGGGUUAACCUCAUCAGUCUCUGCUUACUGACUUUGUUCAUUCCUAUAGUGAUGGAUGGAGAUUUUGAUUCCAGAUGGUAUCUAAGGAGAAGCGUAGGAGAUGAUGUUAUAUAUAUAUAUAUAAAUAUAACAUAAGAUAUAUUAUCCAUAUUAUUAAAAAAAAAAUGAAUUCACAUGAUGAGAUUCUUGAUUGAUAUUCAUUUUGUAAUGGCUUUUAGGUUCUUUUAGGAAGCAGCCGUUCAUUAUUACAUGUAUCUUCUUUCACAGUAUU